CUGAGCACGAGCCCUGCUGUGCCACAGGAGGAACGCUUCUCACUAAAGCGCACACAGGUGGCGGACAUGGAUCUCUGAGAGCACGGCUCCAACCCCAGAGUGCUGUCAUCAAGCUGUUAUUCAUCCCUGCAUCAUGGGAGCUCAUCAGUGGUGUGACAGAUACGAUAUAUGAGGACUUACAGGUCGGCAUGGAGACUGACAGCUAUACCUCGGGCCCAGCCUCCGCUGACUGGGUUGGAACGGUGGCCGGUCUGGAGGGAACAGGAGUCUUGCAGGAGGAGGGAGGAGGGGGCUCGUCCAGCAGCCCCGUGUCCUGGUACAUGCCAUACUCGCUGGGCUUCCAGGUGUCACUCACAGCCUUCCUCAUGCUGGAGCUGGUGCUGGGCUUCAGCAGCAACCUGACAGUGCUGGUUCUCUACUGCUCUCAAUCCAAAUUAGUGGACUCAGUGAGUAAUAUGGUAACUGUCAAUCUGCAUAUAUUGGAUGUGGCGGUGUGUGUGCUGUGUCUGCCGCUCACGCUGGUGGUGGUGGUGCUGCCUCCAGGACCAAACCUGGCCCUGAUCUGCUGUUUCCAUGAAGCCUGCGUCACGUUUGCCAGCAUCUCCACAGCCAUCAACAUCCUGGUCAUCAGCUUGGACCGAUAUGAUAUUUCAGUACGGCCGGCCAACAGGAUGCUGACCACACGCAGAGCAGCGCUGCUCCUGGCUGCCGUUUGGGUCACGUCAGUAGCUGUGUUUUUUAUCCCAUUCUUGGAGGUGCAGUGGUCCAGCGAAGAGGGAUCAGAGGAGAAAGGGCAGGCGUUACCCAUGUCUUUGUCGUCACAUAGCACCACAGUGGGGCCUGCAUGGCGUAACCUGACCCUGCUAUGUAUUGGUGGACAGGGCUAUCACACAAGCCUUGGAAUGCAUUACCAUCUUAUCCUGCAGGUUCCCAUCUUCUUCACCACUGUGGCAGUCAUGCUCUUCACCUACUCCAGGAUACUGAGAGCUUUAAACAUCCGUAUUGGCUCGCACAUGAAGAAGACCCAGCGGUUCAGGAGACCCUCCUGCAGCGGGAGCCACAAGAGACAGAAGAAAAAGAAAGCUGGGCUAACAGUGAUCGAUGGUGGGGAGUUGGGAGGGGAGCAGAGCAACACAGAUGGUACCAAACAGCUCUGCCACCCUCCCCUCAUUCCUUCCCCCUCCCCUACACCCACAGCCACCUCUCCCCCUGCCCUGUCCUCGUCCGCCCCUCUGGUCAUCUCUGAAAUGGGUGCGGCCACCCCUAUGCCAGCCACAAUGGGUGUUCAGGCCUCAGUGUCAGCUAUCAUUGCCUUGCGGAGGGCAGUGCGGCGACAUAGGGAUCGGCGAGAGCGCCAGAGGCGGGUCUUCAGGAUGUCCCUCAUCAUCAUCACCACCUUCCUGGGCUGUUGGGCUCCCCUCUCUGUGACCAACCUGCUAAUCCUCGGCAUCGGCCCCAGUGACGCACUGAUCAGCCUGCGCCUCUGGUUCCUGGCCCUUGCUUACGGCACCACUGUCUCCCACCCUCUGCUCUACGCUUUCACCCGACAGAAGCUGCGCCGUGCCCUCCGCGCCAAGGUUAAAAAGAGGGUGGUGUCCUUGCUCCAAGUAGACCCUUCACCAGGGGGCACGAUCAUACACAACUCCUGGGUGGAGAACAGGAAAACCACCCGGCAGGUGCGGCUGGAGGCAAGUGAGGGCACUGACCGUUGCCAGGCAGAGGCCCUGUGAGACUGACACUACUAAUGUAGAUUGUUUCAUUAGGAGACUCACUGGCGUGUGAAACCAGUGUAAGAAAUGUGAAAAACACCUUUCUAUCUCUGGGAGUUGAUCCACCAGUAACCACCAGCAGCACGCCCCUUCUAGGCACAACUAACCUCACCUCAGGCAGGAGUAGGGGGAGGUUGCUGUCUUCACUUUAGUGUGCACAGUCUUUGCAGCUGAAGCAAAUCAUACACAACAAACACUCAAGUGUAAAUAAUUUGCACUCUGUCAAACACUGAAGUCUUUUUACACGAGGAGCUGCACGACAGAGCAUUUUCACAGUGGUGCUUACAUAACCACUCCAAAGAUUGUUUCACCAGCAGACGAUCUGAUCAGCCUCCUGCUAAAAUGCUACAAGGCUGCUUAAAAAAUGUAUGUUCCACUCCAAAUAUAUGCCCAACAAUUCUUUGAAUGUAUUGAAUAUUGUUUCUGCCUUAAAUUAUGCUCUGUAAGUCCGGCUGGAUGGCUGCUGUGCAUUCUGAAAACACAGUGACAAGAAAUGUGACGAUCAGUUGAAAAUGUGUCGGGGGUUGACGAGGGCCAGUCCACAGAGAGCAGGUGAGGCACAUGUCUGAGUACAAUUAAGAUGUGUAAUAUUAAAUGUAGUUUGGCUUUAGGUUUAGUUAUUAUGUGUUCAAAUGUUACAGUGUUUAUAUAAAAACCCUGCAAUUGCUCUUUUUUUCCAGAUUUGUAUCAAAUGGUGUAAUAUCUUGUUGGUGUGUUGCGUAGACUGCAGGGAGAAGCACAGGUAUCAUUCAUGGGACAAGUUUGUCCCAUGAAUGAUUCAAUCAUGGGUUCAAUCAUUCAGAUCAACACAGAGUGUAUAUGAGAAAUAUGAAGCUACAGCAGCAGUGGCCUAGCAUAGCUUAGCACAAAAAAAGCGGAAAAAGGAGAACCAGUUAGCGGGGUUCAGUUAAGAAAGACAAUAAUUUCUGAUGGUUAGCUUUUGUAAAAAUGAAUGAAGCCAUUUUCAGGU